UUUCCUCAUGGAGAGAAAUGCAGAACUCAGGAGAAGGAGAUGGACAUGAAGAUGUACAGCCUACGAGAAAGAAAGGACUGUGUGUACCAAGAGGUCAACGAGCCCCAGGAUGAUGACUACCUUUAUUGUGAGAAGUGUCAGAACUUCUUCAUCGACAGCUGUGCUGUGCAUGGGCCCCCUACAUUUGUAAAGGACACUGCAGUGGACAAGGGGCAUCCCCACCGCUCAGCCCUCACCCUGCCCCCUGGAUUGAGAAUCGGGCCAUCGGGCAUCCCUGAGGCUGGGCUUGGAGUGUGGAAUGAGGCAGCUGACUUGCCAGUGGGUCUGCUCUUUGGCCCUUAUGAAGGACACAUCACAGAAGAUGGAGAGGCAGCCAAGAGCAGAUACUCCUGGCUGAUCACCAAAGGGAGAAACUGCUAUGAGUAUGUGGAUGGGAAGGACAGAUCCUGGGCCAACUGGAUGAGGUAUGUGAACUGUGCCCGGGAUGAUGAAGAGCAGAACCUGGUGGCCUUUCAAUACCAUGGGCAGAUUUUCUACCGAACCUGCCGGGUCAUCAGGCCGGGCUGUGAGCUGCUGGUCUGGUUUGGGGACGAGUAUGGCCAGGAGCUGGGCAGCAAGUGGGGCAGCAAGUGGAAGAGAGAGCUCAUGUCCAGGAGAGAACCAAAGCCAGAGGUGCACCCAUGUCCCUCCUGCUCUCUGGCCUUCUCCAGUCAGAAAUUCCUCAGCCAGCACGUGAAACUCAAUCAUCCCUCUCAGAUUCUCCCGGGAACAUCUGCAAGAAAACACCUCCAAGCAGAGGAACCCUGUCCAGAGGAUCAGAAUCAGCAGCAGCAACAUACUUGUACACACAGCUGGAAUGAUAAAGCUGAAGGUCAGGAAGUCAAAGAAAGGUCCAAACCUUUGCUUAAAAGGAUCAGUCACAGGACAUUCUCAAGACCCUUUUUCCAACCUUCCAAAGAACAAAUGACAAGUUCUAGUAAGCAUGAGAGGAUGAUGGAGGAAGAGCCCCGCAUAGGCCAGAAAGAGAGUCCAGAGGACACAGGGAAAUUAUUUGUGAAAGCUGGAAUGUCAAAAAUUUUAAGAGUCCAGCAUGGUGGGUGCUGGCAAGGCUUCAAUGAUGGGUCACAUCUCAUCCCACACCAGAGGACACACUCUGGAGAGAAGCCCUAUGUUUGCAGGGAGUGCGGGCGAGGCAUUAUAAGGAAGUCAGAUCUCAUUACACACCAGAGGACACACUCAGGGGAGAAGCCCUAUGUUUGCAGGGAGUGUGGGCGAGGCUUUACAUGGAAGUCAAAUCUCAUCACACAUCAGAGGACACGCUCACGGGAGAAGCCCCAUGUUUGCAGGGAGUGUGGGAGAGGCUUUACACGGAAGUCAGUUGUCAUCAGACACCAGAGGGCACAUGCAGGGUAGAAGACCUAUGUUUGUGGAUGGACUGAAUGAGUCAUUAGCAUUAAAUUGCAUAUCAACAGCCAUAGGAAGUCUGGCCCCUUACUUUCCCCAAGAUUGUAAGUACAGAAGUAACUGAUUAAACAGAUUCUCCAGUUUCAUGACAAAAGAUGAGAUGGACAAAUAGUUCCAUGAGUAAUAUGGGGAUAUCAGCACCAACCUCUUUCAUGGUUUUUUGAUGGCCUUUUCUAAAGAGUUUUGUCUCCAUACAAAUAUGAAGCCCACGUCCCUCAUUCCCCCAUCACUGAAAGCAGAGUUCAGGAAGAGCCACAGAGAACUUAUACUCAGCCACAGAAAUUCAGCCCCUACAAAUGGGUGAGUCGGGACUCAGUCUACUUUGGUUACUGCCCAGAGAGAAGGAUUUGAGACAGACUCACCAGAGAAGGGAAUUCCCCCAGACUCCUGGGAACUGGGGCUUUUUCUCCUAAUAGGCUCCCUACCCUCCUCCCUUGGCUUCUCUUGGCUCUUCUAGUUUCCUACAAGCUCUGGAGCCUCAGAGGUGAACGGCAGGGAGGGAUGUAUGCUUGUGUACGCAUGUGAGCCUGGCUCAGUCUGGGCACCUGGUCUUCCUCACUCUCCUUGCUGCCCCUUCAGGGUCAGCAUUUCCUGGUGCACAGCACACAGAUUCCACAUCAGUCCAUAGUGGGUGUGAGUCUCAGCUCUGUCUUCUCCAGCUGUGUGACCUAAGACCAGAUUCUCAACUUCUCUCUGCCUGCUUCCUAGUCUGUACACUGGAAAUGGGAACUCCAGCCUUUCAGUUUGACAUUCAAAGUUGAGUGAGCACAGACAGAAUCUGGCAAGUGGAUCACUGAGAUCACAAGUCCUGCUGAACAGCCAUCAGUGCCCUUGUCUUCUGGGUCUUUAGCACUGGACAAAGGAAGAUAAGGACAGGGUAGGGAUCUGUAGCCAAACUCAGAUUUUGAGCAAACCCCAUUGCUUUCCCCACAUAGACUCAACUGCCCUGAGAAGGAGGCAUGAGGUGGAGGAUGUGCCUUCCUCCAGAUUACCAUCCUCUCGCUGAGCUUGUGCACUCAGAGCCUCCUCAGCAUAGGCAGGUGGUACUGAAAAUAACCUGUGAAACAAGACCCUCACCCACCCCUUGCUGAGAACUGACACUGAGAACAGCACCUAUCCCACACUGGUGUGUCAGGUAGGAUAGAUGGUAAGCCAAGGCAGGGAGGAUGAGGAAGACGUCUCUCCCACUAAAUGAGCAGUCCUGAGCCUGGUCCAUUCCAUUGCCAGAUGUUCCAGCAUCACCAGAAACACCAUGCUGACACGUUGAAAUUUUAGGUAUCAUUUCCACCAUCUGGGAAAGAAAGGCUUUCAAACUUCAUCCCAAGGCC